AUGAACGAAAUAAGACUAUAUCCGAUAUACUUCAACACUGCAAUAAAAAGAUCACAGGGAAGAAAAGUUCCGGCAAGAGAGGGCGUGAUGCCUCCAACAUUCCAGCAGAUUCUUAAAGCGCUGAACCAGCUAGGAAUAGAGUACAAGAUAGGAACAAAGCAGCACCCAAAGCACUCGUAUGAAAUAUGCGAGAAGCUUCUCCCUGCGCAGUCAAAGCCGGAGGAAGUGGAGCGGCUAUUCAGCACCACAGGCGGAUGCUUCACCAUAACCACAGACUGCAAGAGAAAGCUGAUAAAAGACAUCCAUGAAAUCUUGUCCCAAAAAGCAGUCGCUUCUGCCAAGAAAUAG